AUGCACCUUCAAAACCCCAAUUUUGGUGCAAAUGAUCUAAGUCUUGGUGCUUUUGCUCUAAACUUGGUGUAUUUGCACCAAGGUUUUCGCCGUAGUGCCCGUAUGGGUCCUCCCUUGAAGUUGCCUGCUCAUUUGUUGCUGUCUCCUGCUUUGUGGCGUCUUUUCUGGCCCCUGAAAAUGCCUGCAAAGGCUUUCACGCCUUGGUGGCGAUUGCUACAUGACCGUGUCCCGCACCGCUCGUGGUGUCAUAAGAUUAUGCCUACCAAAGUUCUGUCUCCUGCUUGUGCUCUUUGCGGUUUCUCUUCAGAGGACCUCUACCAUUUCGUGGUGGGUUGCCAUGUCAAGUCAUUUUUCUGGCAGGAUGUAGUCUCUUUGUUGUCACUUCAAGAGCUACUCCCCUCUGCUUCUUCUAUUUGGUUGGCGCUGACUACGUUUUGUAGUGGUUCAGAUUUGUUGGUGAUCGAUGAGGAUGUUCUGAUUGCUCUUGGUACUGCUUACAGUACACUUUGGAAGUAUCAUUGGCGAUGCGUCAUAGACGAGGAGCCUUGGAUAGCUUCUGCUGCUAUCAACAUGGUCCGUCAAGACCAUAGUACACUCUUUUCUUCUCUUUCUUUGGCAAGUGUUCAAGCUGGCACCUUGGCCUUGUCUGAAAAUACUGUAUAG